AUGGUAACCAUGAUAUGUUAUAUUGAUAAUAAUAGUGCAUCCACUGGACAACAUUAUUAUUUAAAUAUUUAUACUAAGGAAAGUCAAUGGGAUAGGCCAGAUAAACCAGCUGAUCCAUCUGGAAAUAAUAAGGGAGAUGGUCCAGAAGAAGUUCAAUGUUCCCAUUUGUUAGUAAAACAUUCAGGUUCUAGACGACCAUCUUCUUGGCGAGAAGAAAAUAUCACAAGAUCAAAGGAAGAAGCUCUUGAACUUAUCAAAUCUUACAGAGAACAAAUUGUGUCAGGGAAAGCAACAUUUGCAGAACUUGCUUCAAAAUAUAGUGAUUGUAGUUCAGCUAAACGAGGUGGAGAUUUGGGACCAUUUAGUCGAGGUGCAAUGCAAAAACCUUUUGAACAAGCAGCAUUUGCUCUCAAAGUUGGUGAAUUAUCUUCACCAGUUCAUACAGAUAGUGGUAUUCAUAUCAUUCAGCGAACAGCAUAAAAUAUACUAAUCUCAUAUAAAAUAUUAGAUACUUUAAAAAAAACUUCUCUCAUUUUUGCUAAUAAAAUAUGUUCACAAAGGUAGGAAAUUUUCAUAAUUGUAUUCAGAAUCACAUAUGUUUAUUUUUUUGAUGAAUAAUUUUUUAAGGGCAAGAUAUAAAUUGUAUAUUCUUUUCAUAAUUCAAUGUUCAAUUAUAUAUUUAUGUCUUCCAGCAAUUUUAGCCGAAGUAGUAUAUUACAAAAUUUUUAUUUAAUAAUAUAUCAUAUGCAUCUGCAUACAAUGAAAACAAAAUUUUUAAAAAUGAUACAAGAUAAAGAAGAUAAACUUUAUGUAUACCUUUAAGAAUAUUUCCUAUUCUAAUUUAUUAGUUUUACAUUCCUUAAAUGUUAGAUACAUUAGAUUAACCGUUUUUAUUGGUUUUUAUUGUAAAAUAUAAAGUGUUUUAUAAA